CAGGGAGUUUGAAGUCCCCGACAUGCCAACCAGCAGUUGAGUGUGAUGGGAUUAUGACAACAAAACGACAAACAUCCUCCGGCAAGCAAAGCGACCAGCAGACAUGGACUUCAGCGGCACUUGGAAAGUUCAUUCUGAGGAAAACCUCGAGGAGUUCUUAAAAGUAGUAGGUGCACCUGAAAUGGUUGUCAAAAUGCGAAAGGAAGUCAAACCAGUGCUGGUGAUCGAGCAGAAGGGGAAGGACUUCACCUACACGAUGAAGACUCCCAUCUGCACCAAAGUCCACUCAUUCAGCCUGGGGAAGGAGUCUGAGAUGACUUCUGUGGAUGGCAGGAAGUUUAAGUGCACUGUCAGAGAGGAGAAGGGGAAGCUGAUUGCAGAGACUGAAAAGUUCACCUCCGUCCGUGAGAUCCAAGGAGACGAGAUGAUUGAGACUUUCACUGCUGGCCCUGUGACUUUUAUCAGCAGGAGCAAACGUGUCUGAUCCACGCCUGGCAGCGGAUGGUACCUCUAGAACUUCUCAGUUUCAGCAGGGGGGCAAUGUGGAAGUGACAUAAUGGAAAAUAAAUGUAAACCUUAAAAAAUACUUUUAUUCAAACACUUUAAUGAAUAGAUUUGGAUGAUAAAAAUAAACCGACAUGUUUGUACUUUCCCUCAGUAUGACAGCUUUAGUUACUGCACAGAUACCUUUUU